AUGGGGGCCACCAACCUGUUCUUCGAUUUCUCUCCAGCUCUACGAAGAGCAGCGGCCGGUAGCCCAAGCCGGAGCUGGGUGCUCCGGGCCUCAGUCCGCGCCGCCCAAGCGCGGCCUCAGGACGCUGGGGGCGGAGGCUGGAGUCGCCAGCGUCCUGGGGAGGUCCCAGGCGACGCCGAGCAGGCUAGCGCUUUCGGGUGCCCGUGGCCCCUCCCCUGGGCGUGGUCCUUAUUCUCCUCCGGCCGCUUCUCCGCGAACGUCCUCCUCGGCGCCGCGCGCACCACCCACGGGCUAACAGAAAAGCCGCCGGGCCUCGCCAGUGGCGCCAAGUCCGCUGCGCACGCGCAGAGGCAGGAGGAGCGGCGGGUUGUGGCUCCGGUAUGUCACCACAGGCACCACCCGCUUCUUGCUGCAGCCGCUCUCCCUCCUCCUUCUCGUCCUUGGGCUCGGGAUCCGGUUCCAGCACCAAGGCUCUGGCUCUCGGCCUGUCCUGCUUCAUGGCCGCCACGACCUCAGACACCCAUACUUCCCAUUGCCUCCAGCUGUUGCACUGAGGUUUCACGUCAUAUUUCCAGAAGGCUUUUGGAGAGAGUGAAUAUAUGUCGCAUUCAGAGAGCUGAUGGGGAUUGUGACUUGGCUGCUGUCAUCCUUCACAUCAGGCGCAGGAGGGUCUGCGUCAGCCCGCACAGUCACAUUAUUAAGCAGUGGAUGAAAGAACAAGAGGCCAAGAAAAAAGCUAAAGGCAACCUUUGCCACAAGAAGAAACAGGACGGCAAGAGGAACAGCAAAGGGGCACAUCAGGGGAAACCCGAAACCCAUGGCUAUAAAACUCCUUAUUAAAGCGUUUACAAAUGAAUCCACGCACAGUUCCUGAAGUGAACUUGGCCAUCGGUUGCUUAUAAAUGUAUCACAUCAAAUACUCCUUAUUGAGAGACAACAGGGCAAAACAAAAUAUGUUUUUUAAAGGAACAAUUAUACAGGAUACAAAUGUAACCAAUAUUAUACUCAUCUGAAAAUGAAAUGAAAAGAUACUUCUCUUUAUACAAUGUUUUAAGAGCAGCAUACAGAUAGAAUUUCUCCAACUUUUGUAUUAGGAAGGUUUGCAAACAUACAGAGAAGUUGAAAGAUUAGCACAAUGAACACUCGUACACCUUUCACCUAGAUUAAUAACUGCUAAUAUUUUGCCACGUUUAUUUACUCUCUUCUCUCUUUGCUUGUGUGUAUAAAACAUUUUAUAUAUAAAUAUGUAAUUUUUUUUGCUAAACCAUUUGAAAACAAGUUGCAAACAUCAUGAUACUUCACUUUUAAUUUUUUUUAUGUUACAACUUAACAUCCCUCAAUAAUAAAGACAUUUUGUAUGUAUGUAA